CGCCGGCGGCCGGGGCAUGGAGAGCCUGCUGGAGAACCCGGUGCGCGCCGUGCUCUACCUGAAGGAGCUCACCGCCAUCGUGCAGAACCAGCAGAGCCUCAUCCAUACCCAGCGGCAGCGCAUCGACGAGCUGGAGCGGCGGCUGGACGAGCUGAGCACCGAGAACCGCAGCCUCCGCGGGCAGCAGCAGCAGCAGCAGCAGCAGCCGGCGGCCCCCGCCGAGCCGCCCGCGGCCCCCGCCGAGCCGCCCGCGGCUCCCCCGGCCGAGCAGCCCCCGCCGCCGCCCGCGGGCCAGCCCGAGCCGCUUCAGCACCACCAACAGCUCCCGGCUCAGCCCGCGGGCAAAGCGGCACCGGCGGGGCCCGGCGGCGGCGGCAGGGCUGCCGGCCACCAGCACCCCGCGGCGCAGCCCCACCAGCACCCCGGCGAGAAGGACGGCAGGGACAAGGGCUGCUGUGCCGCGCUGCUCCAGCACAAGACCCCCCAGGCCAUCGGCAAAGGCGUCCUGAGCCGGAGAGCGGAGAAUGAAACUGUUUUACACCAGUUCUGUUGCCCAGCAGCUGACACAGAGCAGAAGCCUUCAUCUCCAGACUCCUCACCAAGUGACGAUCCCAGCGGUUCCACAAGCAAGAAAGCCGGGUGUGAAACGGAGGAUCCGAAGGAGGCCGGCAGACAGAGUGGCCAGGAAGGCAGGUCCGAGCCGCUAAGAGCACAGCAUGAGGAGCUCCAAGAAGAGCAGGCAGCGGGGUGUUCCCCUCUGGUGCAGAAGGCGAGCCUCCACCACACGGGCUCCCCAGUGAGAGUGCAGCGCAGCAAAGGGACGGCCUCGUGUUCCCAUGCGGCUGCCUCCGAUUAUGAGCUCUCCCUUGACCUAAAGAAUAAACAGAUCGAAAUGCUAGAACACAAAUACGGCGGCCACCUGGUGUCCCGCCGGGCAGCCUGUACCAUCCAGACCGCGUUCCGGCAGUACCAGCUCAGCAAGAACUUUGAGAAGAUCCGCAACUCCCUGCUGGAGAGCCGCAUGCCGCGCCGCAUCUCCCUGAGGAAGGUCCGCGUGCAGAACUCGGAGAGCUUCUCCGCGGAGAAGGCCCUGGUGGAGGGGUACAACUUCGUGGGCAUCCCGCUGGUGAGGUCCCCGUCCCUGCCAGCCACCAUCAGUGGGGCACUAACUGAGCUGGAGGACUCCUUCACUGAACAAGUUCAGUCCCUGGCAAAAUCCAUCGAUGAUGCCCUCAGCACCUGGAGCCUCAAGACCAUGUGCUCCCUGCAAGAUGGGGGCUCCUACCAGAUCAGGGAGACCUUCAGCGCUAGCUCCAUGCAGCCAAACCAAGACUUAGAGGCUGAGCUCCAGGAUCAGGAGAAGGAGGAAGGUCUCCUGCCAGAUACUCUACCCAAGAGCAGCAGCACUCUCAUGAUGGCUUUUCGAGAUGUCACAGUGCAGAUCGACAACAAGAACAUCUCUGUCUCAUCAUCUACCUCGGUGUCCAUGGCAAACUGUCUCAGCAGCAACGACCAGGCUGGGCUCUCUCCAGCUACCAAGGCUGAAGAAAGCCCAGGAGAAGGGGAGGGAGAAGCCAGUGAACUACUGUCUGCCCCAGAGAGCUUACCUGAGAACAGCCUCACUUCCACUGAGGUGGAGGUCAGUACCAAUGGCACAGGGGACAGCAGCGCUGAGCCGGAUCAGAUGGCAGUGCAGAAGCUCCAGUUUGAUGCAAGCAAUGAGGCAGGACAAAGCAAAGGCUUGGAGUCUGAGAAUGCAGACAACUCAGAGCAGCUGAGCAGCAGCAGCACCUCCACCUCAGCUAAGUCAGCCUCUGAGGUGUCCUCAAAAGAAGCCCUGCAGGCCAUGAUCCUCAGUCUGCCAAGGUACCACUGCGAGAACCCAGCCAGCUGCAAGUCACCCACACUGUCCACAGACACCAUGAGGAAACGCCUCUACCGCAUUGGGCUGAACCUCUUUAAUAUAAACCCAGACAAAGGGAUCCAGUUCCUGAUCUCGCGAGGCUUCAUCCCAGACACCCCCAUUGGGGUGGCACACUUCCUGCUGCAGCGCAAGGGCCUCAGCCGCCAGAUGAUCGGGGAGUUCCUGGGCAACAGCAAGAAGCAGUUCAACAGGGAUGUUCUGGACUGUGUGGUGGACGAGAUGGAUUUCUCAGGCAUGGAGCUGGACGAAGCCCUGCGGAAAUUCCAGGCCCACAUCCGCGUGCAGGGGGAGGCGCAGAAGGUGGAGCGGCUCAUCGAGGCCUUCAGCCAGAGGUACUGCAUGUGCAACCCCGAUGUGGUCCAGCAGUUCCACAACCCGGACACCAUCUUCAUCUUGGCCUUUGCAAUCAUCCUCCUCAACACAGACAUGUACAGCCCCAACAUCAAGCCUGACAGGAAGAUGAUGCUGGAGGACUUCAUUCGCAAUCUGAGAGGGGUGGACGACGGUGCUGACAUCCCUCGGGAGCUGGUGGUGGGGAUCUAUGAGAGGAUCCAGCAGAAAGAGCUAAAAUCUAAUGAGGACCAUGUCACUUAUGUCACCAAAGUGGAGAAGUCCAUAGUUGGGAUGAAAACGGUGCUGUCGGUGCCCCACCGCCGGCUGGUGUGCUGCAGCCGCCUCUUCGAGGUGACCGACGUCAACAAAGUGCAGAAGCAGGCAGCUCACCAAAGGGAAGUCUUCCUCUUCAAUGACCUGCUAGUGAUCCUCAAGCUCUGCCCCAAGAAGAAAAGCUCCUCAACAUACACAUUCUGCAAGUCAGUCGGCCUGCUAGGGAUGCAGUUCCAUCUCUUUGAGAAUGAGUAUUACCCCCAUGGCAUUACACUGGUGACUCCAGUUUCAGGCUCAGAGAAAAAACAGGUACUACACUUCUGUGCUCUGGGUGCUGAGGAAAUGCAGAAGUUUGUGGAAGACCUGAAAGAGUCAAUAGCAGAAGUGACAGAACUGGAACAGAUACGAAUUGAAUGGGAACUGGAGAAACAGCAAGGCACAAAGACUCUCUCCUUAAGGACCAAUGGAGCCCAGAUGGAGCUGCAGUCUAAGCAAGGCUCUCCAACAGGCAAGAAGGAUUUGGGGGAGAAGGUCUCGGACAGCACAGUGGAGGUGUCAAUUCACAACAGGCUUCAAACGUACCAGCACAACUCCGCCCUGGGGCCCGAGAGUGGAAUGCAGCCCAGCAUGCGUCUUAACAUGCCACGGGAGCAGCUGGAGACAGCACUGGUGCCCUCGCACCCCGCCUCGGCGGGGACACUUGUACAGUGCCAGCAGAUUGUCAAAGUCAUUGUCCUGGACAAGCCGUGCCUCGCUCGGAUGGAGCCGGCCCUCAACCAGACUCUGACGCGCUACGUCACCUCCGACUCGUGCACCUCCACGCCGUGGCGCGGUGUGGGCAGUGGGCUCCCUGGGACCCCCAUGAAGCUGGUCCAUCAGCCCCCCCUGCCACCCCCACCCCCUCCCUACAACCACCCCCACCAGUACUGCCCCCCCAGCUCGCUGCUUCAGAGGCGCAGGUAUUCCAGUGGCUCACGCAGCCUCGUGUAGCCAUAGCACCAGCACCAAACAGCACAGACUUCCUGGCUCCCCUUCCCCAGCACCUCCCAGGGACCCUUUCUGCCUACAGAGAUCUAGUUUGUGAUUUAUUUUUUAGUAAAAUGAGAACAAAAGAAAAAAAAAAAGCCAACUGACCUAACUCUUACCCCGUGUCCCCUCAAGAUGAUGCUAUUUGUGAGGAGCCAUCUGUAGAAACUGCCAGCCUACAUGCUCACACAUCCUCACACCCUGCCAGCCCAGCUGGCCUCUGUGCUCGUGUGGUCCCCAUGUAGCACUUUGCUGCCCUGUUCCUCAGAGGCUUGAUGACCUGCUGCUUUCUAGGCACCGUGUCUUCCGUUUCCUACUCCUCAGCUUCCUUCCCUGCCCUGCAUUUACCUGGCCACAGGUUCGCACCCACCCUGAAAUUUGGCCAGCCUCACAGAGAAAUGGACUCACCUGUGCCAUACCUUGGGGCAUUCCUGGGGGUGGAGUUCUCCCUGCCACCAUCACUGCCACCUGCUAAGCUGGAGUGAGAACUUGCACCACUUGCCACGCUUCCUCCUCAUCACUCUCCAGGUUUUAUCUCCUUGCAGCAACCGGCUCCAAAGGAAGGAGUGCACGACUGGAAGAGAGCUUGAGAGGAGGAGAGACUGUCCUGAGCUGCAGUAUAAGUACACAGAGAUGGCCUCACUGAACACCAAAACUUUUUCUGUUGUUAUGUUGGAGCAUUGUACCAGAGACCUCUGCUGAGACCUAGCAGACCUCACACCACGUGUAAAUACACCUGUAUGGUAGCAUAUGUAUGAGCAUGCUUACUAAGGAAACACCAAGCAGUUCUGAGGGGGCAGGAGGGAGGGCUGCAGUCCAGGGAUCUUCCUGGAAUGAAUGGAUGUGUGCUUUUCCAAAGAGACAGCACCGAGAGGUGCCCUCCCACCUCAACACACACACCCCCCCACACACACAGGAGAUUGUCUUCUCUAAAACAGACCCACCUCUGCUUUCCUUCUUCUGGCUGGUUUUGUGUUUCCUGCCCACCUGCAUUUUUGUACUCUGAAAGCAAAGCUGAGUGUUCUGUUCACCCUUUGGGGUGGGUGUUCCAUUCACUUGGGCUCUUCCACCUGUGUUAGAGGGAAGGGAUUUUUUGGAGACCACUCAUGUGAGGUCCCAUCUGUAUCUCUUGCCUGUUAUCUCUUACCCCUAUAUUCUAACCACCAUCAGCCCUUCCUCUAGGAAAGCUGCUCAGAUACCAGACUCCAAGGCCUCUUCUCUCUCCCUCUCUAUCCCAGCUUCAAAGUGAGAGGAGGGGCAGAUCCUGAGAUAGAGAUGACAGCUCAGCUCCUCUGCUUUAUUGGGGACAUUGAUGUGAAGGAAGACAGCUUUAAAAAUGGGCUGUGGAUGUAUUUUUAGAAAAAAAAAAAAUCUGUGCAGUAGGGAGGGGAAGGUAUUAAUUAGCUUAAAGGCUUUGGUCUCAGUCACUCAUUCUAUCUCCCUUCGAGGUUUAAGAAGAUCAACUUUAGGAUUCUAAAAUAGGACAGAAUGCCUUUUAGGGCCUUUAUUUUUAUUUUAUGUUAUGAGGGAAAGACAGAAAUGCUCUUCCUCCCCAUGCAAGGCUGAGACAUGAGCACUGGGUGCUGAUGGUGCAAUGGUAGGGUGAGGAAUGGCAAGAGUUGUUGCCAGUGGUGGGGAUGUGCAAAAUGUCAGGACAAGAGGGACAGCAAAGACAGAUGCAGAAAACUUUUUUUAACCUUGUGGGGUAACAGCCACACAGGAAUUUCCUUAGGGAUUGUGCCAGUGUGCUGAUCUCUGGGGCCAUUGCCAGUGAGAGAAGCCACUGGCAGUGCAUCAGGGACGGGCUUGGCUCCCUGGAUGCUUCCUGGCUGUGCUGGAAUGUUCAGGGAGAGGGCUCAUCUGACCUGGGCAGAAGCCCAGCUGGAGUUAGGCAAACAGACAGGGGCUGGAGUGACAGGUCUCCUGCACUUAGCCAGCCCUGCAGGCCAGGAGCCUGCUCACUGCCAGGCCCCCUCAGUCUGAGCAUGACCCACGGACCCAGCUGUGCCAAGAGCUCUGACCUGUUUGCUCAGCUGGGCACCAGGCUGCACUUCUAUCUGCAAUAGCAAAUGUACCAACUGGGAGCCCACAAGCAGAGCCCCAGGGAAGACUGCAGAAGCAGAUGACAGAAAAGAUUGUAAGAAAACCCUGACUAGAAGCCCAAUGUCCCUCCAGAGCAGAGAAGCUUUCUCCUAGCCAGCCCCCCAGGGCAGUUGGGAUGCUCUGCAUCCUGAACUGGAUGCUGGGAGAGGCCCUCACCCCUGGCCAGGGCUCAGCCCCUCAUCCCCAGCCAGCUGUGAGGCACAGCUGGCCUGGGCUGCUGCUGACUCCCUCCAGGGUGACAGCCUGCUGCCUCACAGCAGCCAGAGCCUCAUCUGAGCUGCCCAUACUUCCCAAGAAAGCAUGUGUGCCAUCUGCCAUUUCUGGUCAUGCAGUGUGUGGCUGCUGCUGUUUUUGCUCACUGCUGCAGUGGAAUGGGUGUGCAGGAGGCAGUGGCACUGUCCCCCCUUCCCUGUAGUUAUUUCACUGUCUGAGAGGAAUGGCAGUACUAGUUCAGGUUUUUUCCCAGAGUGCAGUGUGCCAAUGAAGCUCUGUGUGUGUGUUAAAAUAAAUAAAUUAGAUUUUACUUGACAUUUAACACAAAGUGACAACAGCAAAAAACCUUAAGAUACUUGAGGAAAUAAUUUUUUUAGAUAAAAAAUUUAUAACAAUGCCUACAAAGUUCCUACACAAGAUGUUUGCUGCUUUAAUAAUUGAUUGGGAGAGCUACAAGGAUCUAAAGAGGAAAUAAGGAAACUGCUUGAGACUCCCUUCUCCAUGCUGGAUGCAGGGUAGAAGUGAGUGAACUGAAGUGCUGAGGUACCUGAGGCAAAGUGUUCUCUCAGGGCACACUGGUUCUGUUUCCCUGACCUUGCAAAGGCAACUGCUGGCCUUGAGCUUUGGACAGAGAAGCAAAUGUAGAUGACUCUUGCUGUCUUCUGGCCUGCUGGCUACCACAUCUUCUGUUGGGUUUGGCUGGAGAGGCACAAAACUGCUCUGUUCCAGGUUCUCAUGGAACAGGUUGGUCAAAAUUCCACAGUGGAGCUGAGCCCUUCGGACUUCACUCCAAAAUACAGAUUUGUUUUGUUUUUUUCUUUGAAGGUUGGUUCAAAGGAUGACAAGCACUUUAAAACAUAUCUGCACCUCGUCUGAUCUAUUGUUUUGCCUGCUCCUGCAGUCCUCCCACAUGCCAGCCAGACACACAGACUCGGUGUAGCCCUGCAGCUGUGAGCAGCCACCCUUGCACACAGACACACAGACUGACAGGGACACCUCAGUGACAGCCCAAUGAAGGACAAAACGCGCACCACAGCCCACCUGGAGGGACCAGCCCAAAGACAAAUCACCAGCUCUUGACAGCAGGGAUUCUGAUCAUGAACCUAGCACAAUCUUUCAGGUGGAGGAGUCAGGCAGGGAGCUGCUGCAGAGAUUAGCUCAACCCAAAUGAACCAGUGUCUUUUUGCUGCCAAAUUCAUGUCCUAUUAAAAAGGAGCGGGGGGGAGAGAGAGAACAGAAACCUUGUGAAAAGUGUUCUGCAGUGAGUGUUGGGUAGUUAGUGGCCAAAUGAGAAGUCUUUGCUGGACAGCAGGAGAGACUGAGCUGGGUUACAUCAGACUCCACCCUGAUGCUUGCUCACGCUGGUGCAGGCCCAGUGAAAUGAAUCUGUUUGCACCAGCAGCAAAGGGAUGGGAAAAUGUGACAGGAGAGUUGAGCCUUGCAAACAAUUUGGGUUUAAUGCAGUGGUUUUCUGCUGCCACAGUAAUUUUUAAUGCCAUAGUCUUGGCUGCUGGGUUAGCAACACUCAGUGCUUUCACAAGGCUUUCAAAGCAUCCCACUGUUCACAUUAUCUCUCCUUCUGUAGAUGAAAGGUGAGGGAAUGGUCCACAACUCAAAUUUCAUCAACACUCAUAUUGAAAGGUACCACCAGAUUUGGAUGCAUUUGAGGGCCUCCAAGCCAAAAGGCUUUGAGUUUUGUUACCUGUUUCUCAGAAGGCUCAACCUGCAACUAUGUGCACAUAUUUAUGAGGUUUCCAAAACCAAUCUGAGCCCUAAACCAAGGAUGCUGCUGCUUGGCAGAGCCUCUGCUUUGAAAUGCAAGUUGCUGAGCAAACUCCCCCCAUCUCCCACUCCACCAGCUGCCUCACUGUGCUAGUGUAGGCUCCAGGGACUGCUGGCAGUGUUUUGUGAGCUAGAGCUGUCCUUGUCCUGCCCUCUCGUUCGCAGCCACGCCUGGGACAGCAGCUUUGAAGUCACCCAGCUCUUCAACACUAGUCACAACCCCAUCUGAAUGUGUCUUUUUAAAAUCUAACAACAGAAGUGUUACCUAUGCGUAGGCUCUUGAAAGCACCUGUCUGUCUGUACCUGUCUCCUGCUGUAAAUAUCACCAACAAAAGCUUCCUUUGGGAAAAGUGGUGUGGUCACACCUAGCAAAAGAGUCCAAAUGGCUAAUAUUUUGUAACAAAAAUAACAAAAAAUAGAUCAGAGGUAUUUUAUCUGUUCGAUCAAUAGAGUUUUAGAAAUUAUAUUGAGAUAAUGUCA